CUUCUUCCACGUCUUACCAACUCGCAGAGUGCUCGCCGUCUGGUCUGUUUGGACGCUGUCACUUGAGCUCACACACUUGGACAGAUUGUUCACUGAAAACCGCCGAAAAUGUCUGCCAAAAAGGAACCUGUCGCUUUCACCAAGGAGGAGGAGUUGCUGCUGCAAGAUUUCAGCCGAAAUGUAUCGACCAAGUCGUCGGCCUUGUUCUACGGAAAUGCCUUCAUCGUGUCGGCUAUUCCGAUCUGGCUCUUCUGGAGAAUCCAUAUGAUGGACCUGUACUCCACUUUCUUCCUCUUCAUCCUCAUUACAUGCGCGAGCACUUAUCUCGUGGCUUUUGCCUAUAAAAAUACCAAGUUCGUGCUGAAGCAUAAGAUUGCUGUCAAGCGGGAGGAGGCUGUGACUAGGGAAAUGACCAAGAAACUUGCAGAGGACAAGAAAAUGAGUAAGAAGGAAAAGGACGAGAGAAUCCUGUGGAAGAAGAACGAGGUUGCUGACUACGAAGCCACCACUUUCUCCAUCUUCUACAACAACGCUAUCUUCCUGGCGUUGAUCAUCGUGUGCAGCUUCUAUAUUCUCACCACUUUCACCCCUGCUGUGAACUAUACGUUGUCCGUUCUCUCUGCUGGAGGAUUGCUUGCUCUGCUCUCAACUGGCUCUCAGUAAGUGCCAAUAAACAUCACUACUUAAAAUAUAUCCGCGCAAACUUCGUGUUUGUGGCUUGAAAGACAACGUUAAGGUGUAACCGUCACGAGUUAUGUUUUGCAAUAACUGGAUGUGUGAAUUUAAAUAAAACAUUGUUUUUUUAUUACUAAA